CCCUCUCCAGAUGGAUGGUUGUGAUCAUCUAGUGAACUGGCCAAUUCCCAUCCUCUUCCCAUCCUCUUCUUUUCUUACCAUUUUCCUUAUUUUGUAAUCUCAAAUUCCAAAAUUGUAAUCUCUUAUUACAAAAGAUCAACAAGUGCAUUGAUUCUCAAAGAAGAAAUUCAAGUUUUCACAUUGCCAAGCAACAGAUCAUUUUUUGCUAUUCCACUACAGUUGUACUUGUGAGCACGAUGGCAGAGGAAAUCGUAAGCAGGGUGAUUUCAUUUGCUACUGAGCUGAUCGGCAAUGCUCGGAGCUGCAAGGAGGAGCUGAGAGGGCUUGGUGAAUCAUUAACCAUGAUUCGAGCUGUUUUGACUGAUGCCGAGAGAAGACAAGUGAGAGAUGAGUCUGUGAAGCUUUGGCUCCAAAAGCUUGAAGAUGUUGCUUAUGAAGCUGACGAUGUGCUGGACGAGUUUAUGUACGAGAAUCUCCGGCAAAAGAUAGAGGUCGAAAAUGAAAGGAAGAGAAAGGUAAACUUCCUCGACCCAUUUAUUUUCAGUCUCUCCAUGGCGAAAAAAAUUAAGGCUGUUCAGGAAAAACUAGCAAAAGUAAAUGGGUUGGCAAAUGGGUUUGGACUUGCUAGAAUAUUGUCAGUAGAUUCAAAUGUUGAGAUUGUUCCAACUAGAGAGACAGACUCCUUUCUUGAUCAUUCAGAAGUUGUAGGAAGGAAAAGUGAAGUUUCAAAAAUAGUGAGCUUGCUGACUAGUGCAACCAAUCAACAACUCUCCGUCAUUCCUAUAGUCGGCAUGGCUGGUUUGGGAAAGACAACUUUUGCAAAACUAGUGUACAAUCAUGAGCUAGUAAAAAAACAUUUUGAUAAGACAAUGUGGGUAUGUGUCUCUGAUGAUUUUAAUGACAAAAAUAUUUUAAGAGGGAUUCUUGAAUCCCUUACCAAUAACUCAAGUCUUUCAGUAAGUAAGAAUACAGUACUUCAAAACCUUCAAAAAGAGUUGCAGGGGAAAAAAUAUCUUCUAAUUCUUGAUGAUGUAUGGAAUGAAGUUCUACUAAAAUGGGAUACAUUAAGGGAUUGGUUGUUAGGAAUUAUGUCAAAUACUGGAAACAGUAUUAUUGUUACAACCCGUAGUGACAAAGUGGCAGAAAUCAUGGAGACACAUCCCCGGCAUCACUUAGAAAGACUACCUGAGGCAGAAUGCUGGUCCAUAAUCAAGAAAAAAGUAUCUUCAACUCCAUUAACUCCAGAUUUGGAGGCUAUCGGAUAUGAUAUUGCCAAAAAAUGUGGAGGGGUCCCAUUAGCAGCAAAAGUCCUAGGAGGGACAAUGGCUCGUAAAAAAGUCAAAAAUGAAUGGUUAGCAAUUCAAAACAAUGAAAUUUGGAAUUACCCACAUGUUAGCCAUGAAAUGUUACCAAUAUUAAAAUUGAGCUUUGAUCAUCUGCAAUCACCAUCUCUUAAAAAAUGCUUUGCAUAUUGUUCAAUUUUUCCUAAAGAUUACAUGAUUGCAAAGGAAGAGUUAAUUCAGUUUUGGAUGGCUGAAGGGUUCCUUCAACCAUCUCAAGGAAGUUGUGUGGUAAUGGAGGAUAUUGGUAACAUGUAUUUUGAUAUCUUGUUGGCAAAUUCCUUAUUUCAAGAUGAGAAAAAGGAUGAGUUUGAUAAUAUUAUCAUUUGCAAGAUGCAUGAUUUGGUACAUGAUCUUGCACUCUCAGUUUCAAAAUCUGAGACCUUAUUUUUGAAUAAGGAUUUGGAGGGUGACAUCAGUUACACACGAUAUUUAUUUAUCGAAUCUGAUGGUAAAAUUAUACCAAGAAUUCCAUCUUCAAAAGAUGAUGUUAGGAGAUUGCGCACAUUUGUUUCAAAAAAUGUUGUGCUUGGCAACACGUUAUUAAAUUUUAAUUGCUUACGUGUUCUAAAAUUAAAUGGAAACUCUAUAAAAGAAUUGCCAAGUUCAGUUGGCCUUUUAAUACAUUUGAGGCUUCUCAGCGUCGCAAGUUUAUCCAUCAGAGCAUUACCAAAGUCCAUCACCAAACUCUACAAUUUGCAAACUUUAAGAAUCGAAGGUUGCCAAAAUGUCAGAGAGCCUCCUGAAGAUCUAAAACAAUUGAUAAACUUAAGGCAUAUUUAUAUCCCUUAUGGCUUUUAUGAAAAACUUAAGGAUAUAGGGCAAUUGACGUGUCUGCAAACAUUGCCAUGUUUUAUUGUGGGUCAAGAUGCAGGUCAUCGGAUCGAGGAAUUGGGAUGCUUAAAUCAACUUAGAGGAAAAUUAAACCUCUGGAAUCUAGGGCAUGUGAGAGAUAGAGAAGAAGCCCGAAAAGCAAAUUUAGAAGAAAAGGCCAAAAUAUACAAGUUGAGAUUUUACUGGACGAGACGGGGAUCGGAAAGAGAAGGCAACCACGAGAAUGAUGAAGAGGUGUUGGAAGGUCUCAAGCCUCACCGACAUUUGAAGAGCUUAGCAAUUGAUGGCUUUGGAGGAAAGAAAUUCCCAUCAUGGAUGUCUCUGCUAUUUGGCAAUUUGAUUGAGAUCGAAUUUGGCAAUUGCAGAAAAUGUGAGGUUCUUCCCACUCUUGGGCUUCUACCCCAUCUUACGGUUCUUACAAUAAAAGGUAUGGAUGGUGUAAGACGUAUAGGAACUGAGUUUUACAGUAACUAUAAUAAUGGAAGUGAUGGCACUAUAUUGUUCCCAGCUUUGAGAAAACUUGAUUUGAGUAGAAUGCCCAAUCUAGAGGAAUGGACGGAUGUGAUGGAGCCAGCAACAACAACAGGCCUAAUGGUGUUUCCUUGCCUUGAGGAGUUGAGCAUUCAAUUUUGUAACCAACUGAAAAGUGCUCCAUGUCUUUUUUCGAGUCUAAAGAAAUUACUCAUUAGGGACAUGUGUAGCACGACAUUUGAAAACAUUAUCAGCAAGCUUACCACACUCACGUCCCUCGAGGUUUGGAAUAUUUCAGGACUUGCUUGUCUGCCAGAGAAGUUAUUGCAAAAAAAUGGGAGUCUCAUGUCUCUGACGGUAGCGGGAUGGGCCGAUUUGGUGUCCAUCGUGUCACAUGAGGAUGUAUGGGCCUUCUGCACCUCUCUUCGAUCGCUUAAAAUAAAAGUCUGUUGGAAAUUACAAAUACAAGGUGUCCCAUCCCAUCUUCAACGCUUGGAGAUAUCUGGGUGUGUUAUUCUACCUACUGGGCUACAAUCAUGCACGUCUCUUACCCUACUAGAGAUUCAGCGUUGUGAUAAAUUGAAAUCAAUUCCAAAUCUAGGACAAUUGCGUUCUCUUACUCAAUUAAAAAUUAGGUAUUGCGAUAAUCUGAUAUCAAUACCUGAUUUAAGAGGAUUGGAUUCUCUUAUCGAAUUACAAAUUUGUCAUUGUCCUAAAUUGACGAGUCUCCCAGAGGGUUUAGAAUCUCUCACCCGCUUGAAGACUUUGGCGAUUGGCAAGUUUUGUGAGGAGCUGGAUGAUUUCCCGAGUCUCGUUUCUAUCGAACACUUGCACGCAUCCCUGCAACAUUUAGAAUUGAGAGGGUGGCCCAAACUUAAGUCCAUACCGGACAAUAUUCAAGUCUUGACUGCCCUUGAAAGUCUCUUCAUAUCUCACUUUGAAGGCAUGGAAACUUUGCCUGAGUGGUUGACCAAGCUCUCUUCUCUUCAAAUUCUGGAAAUCUUUCGUUGCUCCAAGUUAAAGGAAAGUUGUGCAAUUGGUGGAAAAGAGCAGUACAAAAUUGGAGUACUUGAGUACUCAAACAAUGGAUUUAACAAAGGGUAUGCAUUUGUUAACUUCACUAACCCACAAGCAGUGUGGGAGUUUUACACUGCCACUGAUGAGUAG